AAACUUAGGGUUUGAAGAACAUAUCUCACCUUCAAUUCCCAGAAGAAAUUAGGUAUUCUGAGAGCUGUACAAAGAGGUGACAAUGAAAAAAGGAAAUUCUUCAGACGAUUGUCUUCCAAAGUUCUUUAAAGUGUACUUGCCUGGUGAAUCUGGAGAUGAUCUGGAAGUACCCGUUUCUUUCAACAGAUGCUUACCAAAUUCUAUGCCUAAGAACGUAAUUGUUAGAAGCAUCUAUGGAAACGUUUGGAAACUAGAGCUGAGGAAGUGUUGUGAUGGUAUCGAGAAAUUUCUUAUGGUUGAUGGCUGGAAGAGAAUCGUCAAGGGCGUAGAUUUGAAGGGAGGAGAGUUCUUGGCUUUCGAGUUUGAUGGCUCUCGGCUCUUCAAUUUCUGUAUUUACGACCAGGCGACGUGUAAAAGGCUUGGAAAUUCAGUGAAAACCAGAGAGAUCGAAGAUGAAUCUGAUGGUGAAGAUGAUCUCAUGAUAAUCAGUGAUGACGAUGAUGAUGAUCAAGAUUACGGUGACGGUGAUGAUGUUGAGGCUGCUGAUGUUGAGGCUGCUGAUGUUGAGGCUGAUGAUGAUGAUGAUGAUGAUGAUAAUGAGGAUCUUGAUGUUGAGGAUGAUGAAGAUGAUCAAAGACGGUAUCUGGAUGAUACUGAUAACCCGUCUUUUACUGUGAUCCUAAAUCCGAAGAAGAAAAGCCAACUGCGCAUCCCGGCACACGUCAUAAAAGACUAUAACUUGAACUUCCCUGAGCGUGUAACUGUCGUCGACCCACUCGUAACUAAGUUCGGGACAAUGGAGAAGAUAAUAAAGGUUCAGAAAAACGGAAGUGUGUUUGUCAAGGGAUUUGGAGCUGUUUACAGAAGGAAUAAUGUGAAGACAACCGAUAGAUUGAUAUGUGAGGUGAAGAAGAGUGGUAGUGGUCUACACCACAAAAUGUAA